GACACGAACCGUGGGCUCGGAUAGACAGUGUGUGUGAUAUCUCCUGAUACACUCUCCAGUUACUUCAUCACUCAUCGAUUUAUGGAUUCAUCGACUGCUGCUCUUCUGAAGAGGCUUCCGCGUAUCGGUCAGACCGGUGGGCGGGGCGUCGGCGCUCCCCGGCACGCCAUUGGCUGAGCCGAGGAAAGGUGUGCGCGGAAGUCUCGCUAUAAAUAGAGUACCGCUGCACGAGCGUCCGGUGAAGGAUGCUGCCGCAGGCUCUGAAGAUGUCCGGCAGGAGCGCGUUUCUGCUGCUCAGGUGCGCGGACCGCUGGGCUGACGUCAUCGCGUGCGCCGCGUCACGCCAGGUGAAGACGCUGGAGCAGAUGCCCGGACCCUCCGCCGCGGGCUUCAUCUGGGACCUGCUCUUCAGACGCGGACUGUCGCGCCUCCAUCAGCUGCAGCUGGAGGGCCGGAGGAGGUACGGGCCCAUGUGGAAGGCCAGCUUCGGGCCCAUCCUGACGGUGCAUGUGGCCGAGCCGGAGCUGAUCGAGCAGGUGCUGAGACAGGAGGGCCAGCACCCCAUGCGCUCGGACCUCUCGUCCUGGAAGGACUACCGCAAGCUCCGCGGCGAGGGAUACGGGCUCCUGACGGCUGAAGGUGAGGAGUGGCAGAGCGUGCGCAGUCUGCUGGGGAAGCACAUGCUGCGGCCUAAAGCUGUGGAGGCGUAUGACGGCACACUCAACGCUGUCGUGACGGACCUCAUCCACAAACUCAAGCUACGCUCGCAGCAGAGCUCCAGCGGCCUCGUCACUGACAUCUCUGCUGAGUUCUACCGCUUCGGUCUGGAAGGGAUCUCGUCUGUGCUGUUUGAGUCCAGGAUCGGCUGUCUGGACCCGGUGGUCCCUGUGGAGACGGAGCGCUUCAUCCAGUCCAUCAACACCAUGUUUGUCAUGACGCUCCUCACUAUGGCCAUGCCUCAGUGGCUCCACCGCCUGCUUCCCAAACCCUGGGACACCUUCUGCCGCUGCUGGGACUACAUGUUCCAGUUCGCUAAAGGUCACAUCGACCAGCGUCUUGAGGAGGAGAGGCAGAAGAUGGCACGAGGAGAGCGUCUAGAGGGACGAUACCUCACCUAUUUUCUGUCUCAGGCCGGAGUUCCUCUGAAAUCUGUGUACAGCAAUGUGACCGAGCUGCUGCUCGCUGGCGUCGACACGAUCUCCAGCACGCUGUCGUGGUCUCUGUACGAGCUCUCGCGGCACCCUGAGGUCCAGACGGCGCUGCGGGACGAGGUUCGGCGCGUGAUGAAGGGCCGCAGCGUCCCCGAGGCGCGUGAUGUGGCUGCCAUGCCGCUCAUGAAGGCCGUGAUAAAGGAGAUCCUCAGGCUCUAUCCUGUGAUCCCAGCCAACGCUAGAGUCAUCACAGACAGAGAUAUUACCGUCGGCGGAUACAUCAUCCCAAAAAACACGCUGAUCACUCUGUGCCACUACGCCACGUCCCGUGACCCGCGGCAGUUCUGCGAUCCGGACGCGUUCGUCCCCCAGCGCUGGCUGAGCCGCUCCGAGGGCAGUCACCCGUUCGCCUCCGUGCCGUUCGGAGUGGGCAAGCGCAGCUGCGUCGGCCGGCGCAUCGCUGAACUGGAGCUCUACCUGGCGCUGUCUCGGAUUUUAAUGCACUUUAAUGUGGAGCCGGCGGAGGAUAGCGAUCCGGUCCGGCCGAUGACCAGAACUCUUCUGGUCCCAGAGAGACAGAUCAACCUCCGCUUCAUCGAGCGCUGACGUGACGGUCCGAGUGACCGGGUGUGACAGAGAGCCAGGAGGACGCUGGGACGUCUGCAGCAGGAGCCGCGCUCCUUACCUGAGCGGAUACCAGCUCAAGAACUAACCUGUGAUUCCUUAACUUAUGAGACAUAACCCAGAAAGAGUGCAAGAGAAGCUGUGUGUGUCCGUUGCUGGAUGAAGCUGCACAGACCGUGCCGCAGAUCUUCAUGAAGAGACGUUCGUUACGCAACAGAGAGACUAGAAAGAGAGAAAAACUCUUCAUUUAUAGACGCUUGUGUGCAAAACAAAUGAGGAGCAGCUUGUGCUCGUGGUCUAUAUUAGAAAAUGAAGAUUUGGUGCUACUGUGUUUGAAAUUUGCCAGUUUGUCAGACCCGUCUCCUUGAGACUUCAGUAAUCAUACAGAGAAACGCACCACAGCUUUUAUGAGCCCACAAAGUGCUUUUUUUUCCAACAUGAAAUUCUGAACUGACAUAAGAUCAGCCUUAUAUUCAGAAAAAAAGUCAGACUUGAAAAAUUGCUGAUGAAACUACAUGCAGUAUGAUUGCUUACUUAUUCGCACAAUUUUUCUAUAUUGAAUAAAAAUGUUGUUUUGAGUCAA